CACACACUUACACACUCGUUACGCACACAAAUGCACACACUUCACGAGCAAGACUGUGGUUCGCUCUGGGAGCAGAGCAGUGUAACGAGGGCAGUCAUCACAGACGAGGAGAAGAAGCGCUGAGGUGUCACUAUAUCCAUAUGAAAUGGUGCUGAAGACAGAAAGAUGAACCAUGAACCACUGUUAAUCAGCCUUGCAGACAUAAAGCCGUUCAACAACCAACCAACAGCCAGUCGGAUUUUUUUUUUUUUUUUUUUACUGUCAUUAGUAUGUAUGGAAAAUCUGUUCUUAUCUGUUCUUUAGGUUUUUCAACAACAGGAAACAAUCAGUUACUACCUACAUUGGAAAUACAGGGAGAGCUGGAGAUAAAAGAAUUACAUGUGGGUGGCCAAGAUUUUAAGUGGCACUUAAUCAAUGAGAGUCCUUGAAGCAACCAUCCUUCAUCUGAUUAAAAUCUGACACAAAAACAGGACAAUGGUUCACAUAAAGCAGCGGUCAUGAUGUCGUCUGAUUGACUCCAGUGAAGUAACAGCAAUAAUGUUGUCCAAAGUAAUGCUGGCCUUCAUCUUGAUCCUUCUCAUUCUCCUGACUGUCGCUGGUAAUGUACUUGUGUGCCUGGCUGUCUGUGCCUCUCGACGUCUCCGCUGCCUCACUAACUGUUUCAUUUUGUCGCUGGCUGUGACAGACCUGCUGCUCGGCCUCUUAGUCCUCCCUUUCUCUGCUCUCCUACAGCUAAAUGAAGAGUGGCCACUUGGCGCAGUCUUCUGCAACUUCUAUAUCUCCAUGGAUGUUAUGUUGUGCACUGCCUCCAUCCUCACCCUCCUGGCAAUCAGUGUCGAUCGCUACCUGGCAGUGACCAUGCCUCUGAGAUAUGCAUCACUGGUGUUACCGUGGAGAGUUGCUGUAGCCAUGGCGAGUGUCUGGACUGUGUCUCUGGCCGUGUCUUUCUUGCCCAUCCAAAUGGGAUGGAACACCGUUAACGGGACAGUGCAGAACCACGGGCCUUGGGCUUCGGAGGGGAAAUGUCGUUUUGAACUGAACAGACCGUAUGUGCUUACUGACUCUCUCCUCACCUUCUACCUGCCUCUGGUGGCUAUGUGCUGGACCUACCUCAGAAUACUUCGCAUUGCACGUGCACAGGCCAAGCGCAUUGUCAGUGAACGCCCCACUUGCAUCACCAGCUACAACUGCAGGAGCAAUUCUUCCACUACCACCACUGUGAUUUCCAGCAUUACAGUUGUGGCACUGCGGGAGCACAAAGCCACGGUGACACUGGCAGCAGUGAUUGGCGCUUUUGUGGUGUGCUGGUUACCUUAUUUCAUCCUAUUCACAGUGCUGGGCUUACAGGAGCAUCCAGACCCUGGCACAGUGCCAGAAUAUUCCAUUGUGCUGUGGCUAGGCUAUGCCAACUCAGCCCUAAAUCCAAUCCUCUACGGAGCCCUCAACAGAGACUUCAGGUCAGCCUAUACCCAUCUACUGAGAUGCCGAUGCCCUAUGUACAGCAGGUGGAGGAGCCAGCAGAUAUCCCCUUCUGUAUCAGCAGGUAAAGCUGUUCAAACCAGAGACCAGCUUACAGAGGUAACGCUGCUGUGCGGCCACACCCCUGCCACCUGCAGAGCAGGUCUAACACAUCAAAACGUCAUGCUUCAAGAAAUGAACAGCAGGACAGCCACAACAUCUAUCCAAUUUGCAAAUGGCACUGCUACCACAGAUGUCAGUGGUGAUGGAAGUGAACCCAGGUUGUGCUGAGCUUGUGCUGGCGAGGUGGAUGGUGUGCUUACAAAACAACCCAGAACAGGAAUCCAUCAGGUCGAUGACAAAAGGGCAACAAACAGACAAAAGAUAGACAAAGAUGUACAACCCCCUCUAUUUGGAAGCAUCCAGUAUCACAGUAGAAACAUCCAUAGUACAUCAUGUAAGUAGAAAUACAUUCUGACAUCCCUUUAGCCCCCACAAACCAGUCCAGCUGAGAACAAACGAGCUGUAACACACACAUCUUAGCUGUGUCAUCCGCAGCAUAUCGGGCCAUAUUGCCAUAUGCUUAUUAGGCUGAGAAAUUUGCUUCCAGAAUAAAGGAGUUACAUUAUCCAGUUUCACAUCCUGUUAUCAUUUCUUUCUAUGCAUUUUGUGACUAUCAUUGACUUAAUUGUUCAUUUUAUGUGCAUGAGCUCAAAGUCUGACUCAGUUACAACAACAAAGGACAAAAUCUGCGCCCAUAUUGCCGACAAGAGCACAGAGCUCUGUAGCAACAAGCACACAUACGAGUGUGCGCAGGCACACAGUCCAUCAAAUCUACAUUAAAGCACAUAAUUAUUCGAACAUGUUUGCCAUCCAGUAAUUACUUUAACCAGAUACUACAAGUUCUCUUUUAGUUUAUUACAUAAUUUUAUUGUUGUGUUUUUGGGUCAGCUGUCUGAUCUGUACAUUAAUACUGCAGUAUUCUUUUUGUGCAUACAGCUAUUUCCUCCACAGGACCCGUCCUACCUCCUGAAACUUUUAUGUGUAGCCCCGUAUGUAUGUAUACAUUACCAACGGUGAGUGAAUAGACGAGCAAACCUUUGCUCCUUUUCAUUUGUGUCUUUAUGAAUACAAAGAUAAGGAUCUCUGCAACUCUACGCCUCAUCGGUAAGAAUCAACUGCACACGCACAGCCAGCUCAGUCCACCCAGGACCAAACAAAUGAGGCUGCUUCUACUUGGAUGGAACUAAAACUGAACUUGUUUAACACAAUUAGUUGACUGCAGCCAACUGUCACUCAGGGCAACAUAUGGCCCUAAAAUGCUCUUAAGCAGACUAACUGUGGAUAGUAAUGAAGCACAGCAGGACCCAGUGAAGACCAGCCAAUUAACUUGUUGUUCAUCAAUUUUAUGAAGGACUGGAUAUUUUAUAUCCUGACACAAGAGUGCACUCCAGUGGGAAUACAAAAUACCACGUCUUCAGAAUGGGAAAAAAAGAAGAAUUGGUGUUAAAUUAAAAAUGUUCAAUAAAAUGAGAUAACGGAAGGGAGAAGGUGACAAAUAGACUCUCGUUACACUUAUUUAUGUGUUGAUAAAUAUGUGACCUUUCAAUGUGUAGCAUGUGAAAUAAUGUUAUGUGUAGAUUUUAAAGAAUGGAGCCCCCUCCAUAUAUUGUUUUACCGUUUAUCAUUUUGUGGUACAGAGCUGGUAAGUGUAAGCAUCGAAUCAUACUGUAAAUGUAACUAUGGACUGAAUAAAUGGCAUGCACUGUUCCUCAAAAAGCAAACAUACCAAUAAAGAGCAGCUCAAAUAAAAAAUAUGAUACGUACCACCGUUUUUGGAGACAAUACAGGCCGUUAAGCAUGAACAGAUCUUAUCUUGUGGGAUGAUGCAGAAAACGUGUGUGUAUGGUAAGGAACACAAGCACAUUGGAAACAAUUCAUCACAGCUGUCAGCAAACAUCGCUUCAAACUGUUGCCACAUUAACACUUAACCUUCUCCAUUCUUCAAGCUAUUUCCUUUGAGGAAUGACUCAGAAGUGUAUACUAAUAUAUAUACAUGCAUGUUAGGUUGUAGCUGGAAACAACUGAUUUUACAAUCCAGUUCGCCACAUGGAAACACUUAUUUGGUUUAUAGCUAGGAGAGUCAUUUCUUCAAUUCAACUCUAGAGAAAUAACGGAUUAGUUUUGAUUGUUUCAAGUCUGUCUUACUCAAUGCUGAACAGAUCUCAUACGUAUUUCAUUCUUCAUGUCUUCUAGCAAGGCAUUGCUUUCACGCGUGACUAUGUAAAAUAUGAAGAUCAAAAAGAGCCUUUGUUCAGCUACAGACAUUUAUGCCAAACAUAACUUAAGGAAUUUGUAGCAAAUGCAAGCUUGGAAAUACUAGACUUGGAUGUUUUUCAGGAAAGGCUCUCUCCUCUUCGACGGGGCUUUUUGACAAGCAACAAAAUUUUAAGAACAACUUAAAAUCGUUUGAGAGGGGAGUUCUGACAGCAAGAUGACAUUUGGAGUCAGUCGAGUAAAAGUGCAAAUUACUACGUGUUGAUAUGUUCUUAUAUAAAAUUGAUGGGAUAUCAUUGAUCAGCUGGCAGCUGCGUGGACAAUGUCUCAAUAAAAAGUGAUACUGGUACAGAACAUGACAUAUUUAGCUCAGGCUAAACACCUGACCUGAGAGCAAUUAAGUGCUUUACCUCAAGCUGUCAGGCUAACAUUGUGCAUCUUCUCAUAUGCAGUAAACAACUAACCCACAGCAAAAACUUUUCUCAAAAAACUUGAGAUCCAA